GAUAAACAUGGAUAUUGGGCCUGGCAUCAUUCGGUGUCCUGUGCUGUUUGCCGGCGUCGUCCCUGGUUUCUCCGUUACACGAUUUUCUUCUUCUUUUGGGUUGUGCUGUGCGUACUCCCCGUUACUCUUGCCGUUUGGUUCUCCGUUCACGCCGUUCAUUCGUGCUUUGUUUAAGGUCGUUAGCUACGUACGCCGUUCGUCCGUCCGUCCGUUCAUCUGCCGUAAUUGUAUACCAGGAUUUAUUAGGAAAACAUUGACAUUGGGAAGGAAAAUGGAAUGGGGGACAGCUGGAGUCCCUAGGGGAUGGGCUAAUUAUGAGCACAUUGAUAAUUGACAAUGAGAAUUUAUGAGAAUUUUGAAAGAGGAGAGACAACUGGAUCUGGAUCUGGACCCCUUGGGGCUGAAGA